UAGUGGCAACACAACGUACUUUUUAUUUUCUUCUCUUGUUCGUAGAAAAUUCACUAAUUUAGUAAUAUCUUAAAACGCUUAAUUAAGUAACUGUCAAGAACACAAAAUUGUAACUCUACUUUUAAAAAGCUGAAUACUUUUCUUCGUCUUAAAAAGUGCCCAUUUGCAGGGAAACUUUACUUUUAUGAUUAUAGCAUAAGCCUAAGCUAAUUACAUAUAAAUCAACUUCCUUACAAAAUGUUGAUAUCCGUUAAAAUAUUGAAAGGAAGUGAAUGUAAUAUAGAGGUUUCCGCUACUACUUCGAUCAACAGUGUUAAGCAGCUUGUUGCUCAACAACUCAGAAUUCCGGUAGAUCAGCAAAGACUUGUAUUUAAAGGAAAGACACUCUUAGAUUCUUCAACUUUGUGUGAUUAUGAUAUUGUGGAUGGAACCAAACUUCAUCUUUUUGUUUUAAAAGAUACAUCUGCUAAAGCUGAAGAAUCGUCACCAGAUUUCUAUGAACAGCUACAAAAAUUCUUAGAAAAACAUUUCAGCCCUUCAGAUGCAGAAAAGGUCUUAGAAGAAUUCCGCAAAAACCUUGCUGAUCAGUUAAGACAUCUCAGUUUGGAUGACAUUGAACGCAUUGCCACCUUACAUUUGGACUCUGGUACUAAUAAACAUCCCAAUCAACAACCAUUUACUCCUGGUGAAAAUACUCCUAUGCAAAGCUAAGAUCAUGAUUUUAAUGUCAACGACUUCUCUUUUGUGUAUGGAUCCAAAAAAAAACAAAUUAAUUCCAAUAUCCAUUUAGAAAUCUUCGUAGCUGGAUAUCUAAACCAAUGCUGAUUUUUAUGUCUUAUUUCUGUAUUGUGAAGUGAAUAUUAUAAGACCAUAUACCUUCUCUAAAUGGCAGAAAAGAACCAACUUAUGUACUUUUUACAGAAGUGAAUUUUUGCUAUCAAGGUUAAUGUAAUUAAUUUAUGCAAAAUUUACUUAAAAUUGUAGGCCCUUUAUGUGUUUUUGUGUUUAAUAUUUUUUUUAAAGUAUUUCGUAAUUGAUGUGAUGUGUGCUGUAUUUUUUUUUUUUUUUCUGUGAGUGUGUGAUGGUGAAUUAUGUCUGAAUGGUACUUUAUUGCUUUAAUCAAUCAUCAUUAAAAUAUGUUCUUCAUACUUUCGUACAAAGAUAUUAAUCUUUCUUUGGACGGAAUUUCUUGUAUUCUUAGGAAAGUGGUAACCAAUUAUAAAGUGAAUAAAUGUUAUUGGAUACUUAAAGCAGCUCACAGGUUUUCUCAUAUGCAAGUAACUGGCGACUGUGUAAAUAUUUUCUGUUACUUUUUUGGUCGACUGUAUUUGAGUCGUCAAUUCUGGAUGCACAUUAAAAUCUUAACUUAGA